AUGGUGACCAUCCCUGCAGCUCAACCAUCAGAACGAAGAAAAUACAGACGCAAGUAUGAAAGCCAGGGUUCAAAAGACUCCUUAACAUCAAGACAGGUGGUGAGUUUGAUUGCGGUGAGCGGUGCGGACCUCGUCAACGGCAUGAUGUUUGGCUGGACCGCGGUCUUGCCUAAGCUACAGGAGGACACCAGCAGGUUCACGGUGACGGAGGACGACGUUUCAUGGCUUGUAUCUGUGGUCUUAAUAAUGGGUUUCAUCACCGCCCCAUUGGCCGGACCUAUAGCAGAGUGCGUGGGUCCGCGACGGCUGCUCAUGAUCAUAACGCUUCCCGUUGCUGGACUUUGGCUCGUACAGGCCUACAGUCCCUACCUGUGGCUCCUUUACCUCGCGAGAGCUCUAAUGGCGAUCUGCGGCACAGUGGUGUACACGGUCGUGAACCCGUUGGCUGCAGAAUUGUUUCCGGCCCACAUUAGAGGCGUGGCUACAGCGGUUCCAGAGGCGCUCGGCUCUGCAGGAUUAUUGCUAUCCUAUCUGCUAGCUUCUGUUUUGCCUUGGGACACGGCCACUGCAUUUUUUGCUGUCCCCAUCCUGCCCCUGUCCUUUAUGAUGCUGCUUGUACCAGAGUCCCCAUACUGGCUAGUACGAAAAAAUAAGAUCGACGCAGCUGAGAGAUCUCUCAGACUUCUUCUUGGUCGUGAAGGCAAUGUGGCUCAAGAACUGGCGGCAAUUAGGAGCACGACGACCUUUGCGCAAAGCGAAGUCAAGGACCAGUUGCGGGAAUUAAGGAAAAAACAAAAUGCCUUUCCAGUGCUGCUCACACUAAGCAUAUUUAUCCUGAGAGAACUCGGCGGGAAAGGCCCGGUGUUCUACUACACGGUGUAUAUGUUCCGCAAAGCGGGAGUGCAGAUAAAUGCUUUCUAUUGCACAGUGUUUAUAGGCGUUGGUCGACUUGCAAGCACAUGUGUGUCUGCUUGCACUCUGGACGUCUUGGGGCGUAGACCCUUACUUGCGGCAACAGCACUGAUCUGUGCUGUGUCAGAGGGCGUCGCUGGGGCCUUCCUGAUCUUGGAGGUAGAAGGGACUGAAUGGGUGCCCUUGGCGUCCGUGAUAGUGUUCGUGAUCAGCUAUGGCAUUGGUCUGGGACCCAUUCCGUGGGCAUAUCUCGGCGAACUCCUACCAACACCCGUCAGGUCUCUAGGAUCUUCAAUAAUCAACUUCGGUUAUUCCAUUAUUCUGUUCACUGUAAGCCUUGUGUUCCUGAAGGAGGUAUCUUACCUGGGCCUCGGCCUGACGCUGCUUUUAUUCGGAGGAGCAAACCUGGCCAUCGUCCCGCUGGUGCUGCUCUUCAUUCCCGAGACGAAAGGGCGAACUUUGCAAGACCUGGAAAAGGCCUUCACAUCCAGGAAGAAAAUAGUGCAAGAGAAAGACAACCCUUCGUUUGAAAUGGAGUUGCCGAAUGCAGCAGAAGGCACAGGGUACACUUCUUUCCCAUUUGAUACCAUCACAAUGAAGAGAAAAUCUGUGAGUUAG